UCGAGACCAUUGCCCAUUCCAAAUGGCUCUAACAUGCAAAACCCGUAAACCGCCCCUUGUAAUGCCAUCCACCAUCUUCUCUCCCCCUUGUCUAGCUUGUUCGUGCCACUAUUCCACUCCACACAAAUAAAACCUAUAAAUUCUCACUCUCCCUCACACCAACAAAACCAAACUCUCUCAAAACAAAACAUCAUCAUCAUCAAACUCAUUCACAUUUUUCACUGUUAUCUCGUUUUCUACUAUUUCCUCAUGAACACUAACAUCCUCGGCGACUGCAAGUCCGGAAACAGUGACGUCGGGUGUCCCCCAAAUGGCACCGUCUCGGUGAUCAAGAACUCCGUCCCUGCCACCGCAAUCACCUCCUCGGAUGCCACGCUAGGGCGUCACCUGGCUCGAAGACUAGUCCAGGUGGGUGUGAAGGACGUUUUCUCCGUGCCAGGUGACUUUAACCUCACCCUCCUCGACCACCUCAUCGCGGAGCCGCAAUUGAAAAACGUUGGAUGCUGCAACGAACUUAAUGCUGGAUACGCUGCGGACGGCUACGCGCGGUGCAGGGGCGUGGGCGCGUGUGUUGUCACGUUUACUGUGGGAGGGUUGAGUGUGAUAAACGCGAUUGCGGGCGCGUACAGUGAGAACCUUCCGCUGAUUUGUAUCGUUGGUGGGCCCAACACGAACGACUUUGGUACUAACAGGAUCUUGCAUCACACCAUUGGGUUGCCAGAUUUCAGCCAAGAGCUCAGGUGCUUCCAAACAGUUACUUGCUAUCAGGCUGUGGUGAAUAACAUAGAAGAUGCACAUGAAAUGAUUGAUACUGCGAUCUCAACCUGUCUGAAAGAAAGCAAGCCUGUGUACAUAAGCAUAAGUUGUAACUUGCCUGGCAUUCCUCACCCCACAUUCAGUCGUGAGCCAGUUCCAUUUUCUCUGUCUCCAAAAUUGAGUAACAAGAUGGGGUUGGAGGCAGCAGUGGAAGCAGCAGCAGAGUUCCUAAACAAGGCAGUGAAGCCUGUAAUGGUUGGUGGUCCAAAAUUAAGGGUGGCUAAGGCAUGUGAUGCAUUUGUUGAACUUGCUGAUUCAUGUGGUUAUCCAUUUGCUGUGAUGCCAUCAGCCAAGGGACUAGUCCCUGAGCACCAUCCCCACUUCAUUGGCACAUUCUGGGGUGCUGUUAGCACCGCAUUCUGCGCUGAGAUCGUCGAAUCCGCUGAUGCAUACCUGUUUGCUGGCCCCAUUUUCAAUGACUACAGCUCGGUUGGGUACUCACUCCUCCUCAAGAAGGAGAAGGCCAUCCUUGUGCUGCCAGACCGUGUUGUGAUCUCGAACGGACCCACGUUCGGGUGUGUCCUCAUGAUGGAUUUCCUCAAGGAACUAGCAAAGAGGCUCAAGCAUAAUAACACUGCUUAUGAGAACUACUCCAGGAUUUUUGUCCCUGAUGGAAAGCCAUUGAAGGCUGAACCCAGAGAGCCUUUAAGGGUUAAUGUUCUGUUUAAGCAUGUGCAAGAUAUGCUGUCUAGCGAAACUGCGGUGAUUGCUGAGACAGGGGACUCUUGGUUUAACUGCCAGAAGCUGAAGUUGCCAAAGGGGUGUGGGUAUGAGUUCCAAAUGCAAUAUGGUUCAAUUGGUUGGUCUGUUGGUGCAACUCUUGGUUAUGCUCAGGCUGUUCCUGAGAAGAGAGUGAUUUCUUGCAUUGGUGAUGGAAGCUUUCAGGUGACAGCUCAGGAUGUGUCCACAAUGCUGAGAAAUGAGCAGAAGAGCAUCAUCUUCCUGAUAAACAAUGGUGGAUACACUAUUGAAGUUGAAAUUCAUGAUGGGCCAUACAACGUGAUUAAAAACUGGAACUACACUGGCUUGGUUGAUGCAAUCCACAAUGGUGAAGGAAAAUGCUGGACCACUAAGGUUACAUGUGAAGAAGAGCUUGUUGAGGCAAUUCAGACAGCAACAGGAGUCAAGAAGGAUUGCUUGUGCUUCAUUGAGGUAAUUGUUCACAAGGAUGACACAAGCAAAGAAUUGCUUGAAUGGGGCUCUAGGGUUUGUGCUGCUAACGGUCGUCCUCCCAAUCCUCAGUGAAUUUCAAACACUUAAUUAGUUGAGCCAUUCACAAAUUUGCUGGAGUUUAGCCAUAUUAAUUUAUUAAGUUGAGAUCAAUUCCUUUAAGAUGCUUAUGUACGAGAGAAAUUUUCCUUUUGGAAAUGCUUUUUGAGUUUAUUAAAGUGUUGAAAUGAGUGCACUAGAUUUUAUGUAAAUUUACUCAUCGUGGACAAAAGUUAAUCUAUCAAUUUUUAACAUGAA